AUGGGUGCAGCAACGGAGAUGGACCCGGAUGCUGCUGAAGAAUUUGCAACGAAACAGGAGUUCAGGAGAGCAGAGGAACGCUAUACUCAGAAACACGAGAACACCUCAAAAUGGGCGAAAGACAUUAUGCACCGCGGUUUACAUGUCCAGGACGAAAGGACUCGGAAAAUGAAUUCUCUCGAGUAUAGCAAUAGUGAUGAUGAAGACGAGUCGUCCGAUAUUGAUUCCGGCCCAGAUGAGUCAGAGAUUGGUCAUGAUUUGUUGAGGGUCAUGUGGCAAGGAUUAUGA